AAGAGGCGCCAUUGUAAUCUGCGUGUUGCUGCUUGGGUAUCGUAGUUUUCUUUACUAACAAACUCUAUUGGAGUCUUAGGCGAAUGAGACUACACUUCCCAGCAUGACCCGCACGACGCGAGCGUUUUUCUAAACCGUUCACGAGAAACUAAGGUAUAGUCAGCAAAGCGGUAAAUGAUUCCGGAAGUCGGGUAGCGGAGUAACAGCCGGUCCUUGUAGGACGCGCCAGGGCAAGAUUGUUAGAAAUGGCCGGGGAAAUGACGGUGUUGGGUUCUGCUAUUUUGACCCUUUUACUAGCUGGAUAUCUAGCCCAACAGUAUUUACCUAUGCCCACGCCAAAAGUAAUAGGGAUUGACCUUGGUACUACAUAUUGUUCAGUUGGAGUGUUCCUUCCUGGUAAAGGACAGGUGAAAGUGAUUCCAGAUGAAAAUGGACACAAUAGCAUUCCAAGCAUAGUGUCAUUUACUGAGAAUGAUGUGUGUGUGGGAUAUGAUGCACUAGAAUUAGCAGAUGCAAAUCCGCAGAAUACUGUGUAUGAUGCCAAGAGAUUUAUAGGAAAGAUCUUCACCACAAAAGAACUUUUAAGUGAAAGCAGCAGAUAUCCAUUUAAGAUUCUUAACAACAAAGGAACUGCUGAAUUUUCUGUUAUAACCAAUGAGACUAUUAGGGUAACACCAGAAUAUAUUAGUUCUCAGCUUCUUUUGAAAUUGAAAAGGAUGUCAGAGGAUUUUCUUGGACUGCCGGUUUCCAAAGCAGUUAUUUCAGUGCCAGCAGAGUUUGAUGAAAGACAGCGCAACUACACAAUCAAGGCAGCUAGCCUUGCAGGUCUGGAAAUUUUGAGGGUAAUUAAUGAGCCCACUGCUGCAGCAUUGGCAUAUGGCCUUCACAAGGCUGAUGUAUCUAAUGUUCUGGUAGUAGAUCUGGGUGGAGGGACCUUAGAUGUUUCCCUGCUAAAUAAACAAGGAGGAAUGUUCCUGACUCGAGCUAUGGCAGGGAACAACAAACUUGGUGGGCAGGACUUCAAUCAACGGUUGAUGCAAUACCUCUACAAUGAAAUCCAUCACACAUACGGCUCUCUGCCCUCUAGAAAAGAAGAAAUACAUCGACUGAGGCAGGCUGUAGAAUCUGUCAAAUUAAAUUUGACAGUUCAUACUUCUUCAACAAUCCAAAUUUCUCUUACUAUGCCAGAGAAGAAAGACCAGCAUGAAAAUUUGCAAAAGGAUAACAUGCAUGAAAAUAAUUCUUCAGAAACUGAAAUGAAAGAGGACAGGAAAGAUAGCUUUUCAAAAUCUCUUGAUGGCACAUGGAAAAUAAUUAGCUUUGAAACAGAAAUUUCUCGAAAACUCUUUGAGACAUUAAAUGACGACCUUUUUGAGAAAAUCCUUGUGCCCAUUGCACAGGUACUGAAAGAAGGACAUCUACACAAGGCAGAAGUAGAUGAGAUUGUAUUAGUUGGAGGUUCCACCCGAAUUCCAAAAAUACGUAAAAUUAUUACAGAAUUCUUUGGAAAGAAACCUAACACCUCUAUUGAUCCAGACCUAGCUGUUGUAACAGGGGUGGCAAUCCAAGCAGGAAUUGUUGGGGGAUCUUGGCCUCUUCAAGUUAGUGCUGUGGAAAUCCCAAACAGGCAUUUACGGAAGACAAAUUUCAAUUGAACUUCAGUGUUCUUGCAUUAUUAUUUUUUAAUACUAUCAACAAAGCAGAAUUCUAUUUGUUCAACUAAAUUCUAUUUGCAUGAUGCUGGACUUUCAGUGUACAUUAGUUCCUCCCCAUCAUUGAAGAGAUUCAGAAAUUGGAUUUUAAAAAUAUUUCAUUUCUGCUUGAAUUAGGAGAACUGUGAGCUCAUUAUUUAAAGAAAGCCAAUGAUCAGAAGCUUCAUUUCUGAAACUUUAUCUUAUUGUCCUGCUUUAAUAAUGAACAGAACCUCAAGACUUCAUUACUUGAAUAAGGAACAAAAUAAUUUGAGAGUAAUGAUGACAAUAGUGUUGGUAUUGUAUCCUGAUAUUUCUCAGGAGUUUGUAUUGAUUGGGCCUGGCCUGACAUGAAGCAGUAUUAAUAUAUAUCAGUGAAGUUCCUUUUAAAUGGCAUUUAAAAGCACUUUUCUUAACAUUGUGUUCAAGCCUGACUAUGUUUUAGGUACUGUCAAUUCUGUGUCUGUGUUCAUUAACACCAUAAACUUUGGGGAGCUAUCAUUCUUAAUAUCAGAUUUAAUAAGAGGCAAUCAUUGUACACGAUGACUUCCCAUAUAGAAGAUGGCACUAGUUAACCAUUGCUGAUUAUAUGACAGAAUGACCCUUUUUGAUAUAGUACAAAACUAUUGAGUAGUGUUAUAAAAAUGAGCCUUGGGUUCAUAUGCUCCCCUUUCCUCCAGCAAGGCCAUGAGGAGAUUAAAGUUAAUUGCUUCCGUUUUCAAUUUAUUGCAGUUUAGUGUUACGCCUUAACCCUAAAUUACGGUUAAUCCUAAUUAUGGCAUACUGAAACAUGCCUUCUUCAUAACCACUGUUUGAAAUUAGCUUGCUCCAAUAAUUCACAGUUCAAGAUCACCACACUUUCAUACGUCUAUGUGAAAAUGUAGUGUUACAUCGCAAUAAAGUAAAUACAUUAAUUUCCCCUAAUAACUCAGUUUCAGGUUAAAAUUAUACCUGUGCAAAAUACUUUAAACUGAAGCAAUUUAACCUGGAGACAAAUUAUCUUGACUUGCCUGAGCGUUCUAAUACUGUUCCAAUCAUAUUGAAAAUUUGAUCUCAAAGCAGACUAUUUUUAACCUUUAAAAAUAUGAUGGCGUUUAGAAUUUCCACUAUGGUUAAAAUGGCAUCAGAACACUUCUGGAAAACAGGAAAAGUUGUUUCAAAAAUUUUAAAUGGGGCAUUUAAAGCUGAAGAUGUUUUGAAAUUGGAACGUUUUUCAUAUUACUGCAUAAUAAUAAUAAUAAUAAUAAUAAUACACAUAAACUGUCCACACGUUAAGGUUUUACUGCUAAUCCAAUGCAGGAUAAAGCUUUUUAACCAUUCCAUAGAAUACAUUUUGAAGGACCAAGUUUAACCAAUGCUGUUAUAGAAAAUAGUGAAGACAAACAAUUGUUAACACUCCAUUCUUUCCAAUAAAAUGCUGGUAUUUUCAGGCUGCUGAUACUGUCAUAAAUAUUGAAGUAUACAUCUUGUUUUUAUGUCCAGGUUCAUAAAUUAAAAGACAUGGAACUAUUUUCAAAUACUUAAAUGUCAAAAAAUAAAUCACAAGAACUGUUGCAUUGUAAAUGUGACUGAAGCGGUUUAUAAAUUCAGAAAUAAAAAAUACGAAAUA